AAGAACAUUCAGUGAGAAGUUAAUAGCCAAAAUAAUUAGACAAAUAUUUAAACUUAUUAACAUUGAAGAUGAAAUUGAUACUAUUUAUAUUAACGCUUUUGUUGGCUGGAGAGUCAACUUUAUUACAACGAACAAGUACAAAGACAGUAUCAAUUGCUUCCAAAGAACACGAAAAAAAGUUUAAUAUAAAGAUCAUCAGUAAAGAAGAAAAUAAUUAUAAAAAUGCAGCAAAUGAAAUUUUGAAUUUGAGUGAAAUGGAUUUGAAAAUAAUUAAAAAUGACAUUAUUAAGAGUGACGCAAUUCGGGAUAUCUUUCUUUCACACAAUUCGUUAAAAAAGGUUCCACAUAUCUUAGAUCACGUGACAUAUCUAUCGUACUUAAAUUUGUCACAUAACAACAUCAACCUGUACGAGGCAAAUCAAAUUGUACAUCCUUAUCUUCGAGUAUUAGACUUAAGCAAUCAAAGAAUAUCAAAUGUUAUACCGGAAACAGAAGUGGAAACGUUUGAAGAAAUAGAAGAUAUAUAUAAACGUUUGAUUUUUAAUACCACCAAGAUAAGAUUACCGAAUUUAGAAUAUCUCAAUUUAUGUGGAAAUGAUAUGUCAGCGUUUCCAUGGGAAUUCAAUUUGUCGUUUCCAAAAUUAAUACGUUUAGAUUUAUGUAAAAUUAACGCGAUAGAAUUGGAAUCUAAUUUCUUCUAUAAAAUCUCUGCAUCGUUACGCGUCCUUCAUUUGGAGAACAAUUAUAUUCGUAAUUUAACCCUACAAAACAUAGGAGAAAUUACCUCUUUAUAUUUGGAUGGAAAUAUUCUUGAAACUCUCUUUAUAAAUUCUACGAAAUUGCGAAUGUUAUCAUUAUCAAAUUGCACGAAACAUCUAAGUACGGGAUUUUUCGGAACACCGUACUUAGAACAACUUGAUUUAUCCAGCAAUGAUUUUGGUAACCUGUUCGACGUUAUCAUUCAAUUCGAAAGAUUUCCAUCAUCAUUAAAAGUGCUUUUGUUAGAUUAUAAUAAAUUGUCAUACGUUCCUAUUUUAACUCACUUGAAAUGGCUUAAUGAAUUAUCGUUGUGUUACAAUAUGAUUAAAUUUAUUAAACCAAAUACUUUUAGGUAUUUAACAUCUUUGACAAAAUUAUCAUUGAAAGGAAAUAAAAUAGAACACCUUGAAAAGGAAAACUUUAUAGGCUUAGAGAAAUUAGAAUACUUGGAUCUGUCAAAAAAUCAGUUGAGUUAUUUGCCAAUUGAUUGGGCAUUGUCAUUGUUAAACCUUCAAUAUUUAAAUAUAAAUUCGAAUAAAUUUGCAAGUAUUUCAGAAAUGGGUAUAUACUCGAUAAAUUCAUUGCAACAUUUAUUUAUACGAAAUAAUACAUUUAAUAAAAUAACAACACUCGAAAUGGAACCAUUACCAGAUUUCAUUACAAUAUACUUAGCUUAA